GGGACACUUACUGGGUUUUGCUUCUCAGUUAAAGGAUGAAAGGUAGUAAGGAGCCGUUUUUUGUGAAAUUCGUAAAGUCUUCUGGGAACUCGGAGUAUUUUUUUAAAUCUCUUGAGUCUAUAAAAGAAUUUCAGUCAGAAGAACAUCUCCAGAUUCUUGAAGAAGAAACAGCACUCAGUAUAAAAGAAAAUGAUAAAUCGCUUUACAUUUGUGAUCCUUUUAGAGGUGUUGUUUUCAGUCAUCUCAAAAAGCUUGGAUGUAGAAUUGUUGGACCACAGGUAGUCCUGUACUGUAUGCAGUCCCGGCGAUGUGUCCCAAGAGCUGAGUAUCCUGUGUACAAUAUGACGAUGGCCGAUGUAACCGUAUCCUGUACUAGCCUUGAAAAAGAUGUUAGGGAAGAAGUUCAUAAGUAUGUCCAGAUGAUGGGUGGACGUGUGUACAGAGACCUCAAUGUGUCAGUAACUCAUCUCAUAGCUGGAGAAGUUGGCAGCAAGAAAUACUUAGUAGCUGCUUCUCUGAAAAAACCUAUUUUGCUUCCCUCUUGGGUUAAGACACUGUGGGAUAAAUCUCAGCAAAGCAUAAUGAGAUACACUGAUGUUAACAUGGAAGACUAUGCUUGUCCUGUGUUCCUUGGCUGUACAAUUUGCGUAACUGGCUUGAGUAGUUCAGACAGGAAAGAAGUCCAGCGCCUCACUGCUGAACACGGUGGGCAAUAUACGGGGCAGCUCAAGAUGAAUGAAUGUACUCACCUCAUAGUUCAAGAGCCAAAAGGUCAGAAGUACGAAUGCGCCAAAAAAUGGAAUGUGCACUGUGUGUCUGUGCAGUGGUUUUCUGACAGCAUUGAGAAAGGCUUCUGUCAGGAUGAGACAAUAUAUAAAAUAGAGGCUGGAUCAAAAGCGAGUAAUACACCCAGUACGUCAACACCUACAAAUCAUGCCAGCAAGCCUGAUAAUCAUACCCUUUCGGACGUCAGCCACAUUUCCAAUAUCAAUUUGAGUGGUGUUAAUGAAACCGCAUGUAGUUCUGCUAUGAGCAGUAGACUGGAUCCUCUUCCUGAUGAGCUGGAAAACUUGGAUAUAAGUACUUUUCAAGCCCCUGAAGAUUUGUUAGAUGGGUGUCGAAUCUAUCUGUGUGGCUUCAGUGGCAGGAAGUUGGACAAGAUGAGAAGGCUUAUUAAUUGCGGUGGUGGUGUUCGAUUUAAUCAACUUAAUGAAGAUGUUACCCAUGUCAUUUUGGGGGAAAAUAAUGAGGAGCUGAAACACUUUUUGGACAAGACAGCCCACAGGCCUCACAUAGUGACACCAAAAUGGUUGCUGGAGUCAUUUAGUAAAGGUUAUCUACAUCCAGUGGAGCCAUAUAUACCUCUGAACUACCAGCUGUUAGAGAACGCGCUUUUGGAGCAACCUGGAAUGAAGUCAGUUCUUCCCAAAAAUAGCAAUCUCUUGAAGAAAGAAGCUGUGAAUGUUAUAAAGCACCAGAAAGCUGCUGAAGAUGACUUCCUCUCUCAAUACGUAAAUAAUGAUUCUACAUUAGGUACGUCCUAGGCUCAACAUACCAUAGAAGGUUUAACUAGUGAAAUUGAAAAACUAACAUCCAGAACCUUCAAUGAUGAUACUCACUUGACUGCUCAAGAUGAGAAUCAGUCUUCCAUCUGUAAUGGUUCUUUGGGAGAGUCCUCUGCACUGACUGAAGGAGGCUUAUUUGUCAGAAAGAGAUUCCUCCUUUUGGGUUUUGGUGAAGAGGACGAGUCUUGCAUUGCAGAUGUUAUAAAGGAGAAUGCUGGGAAAAUUCUGCCACUGCAAAGCAGAACCAUUGCAGACUAUGCUGUGGUACCUUUAUUGGGGUGUGCGGUGAAGCCGACUGUUGGUGAUGUUGUCACAAAUACAUGGCUGAUUACAUGUGUGGAACAGCAGCUCCUUUUAGAUCCGCGGUCCAAUCCACUUUUCACACCAGUCCCAGUAAUGGAAGGAGUAACCCCUCUGGAAGACUGUGUUCUUUCUUUUAGCCAGUUCACUGGUGCAGAGAGAGAGUCCUUGGUUUAUCUGGCAGGACUGCUAGGAGCCAGAGUCCAAGAAUUCUUUGUGCGGAAAGCCAAUGCAAAAAAAGGAAUGUUUGCCAGCACCCACCUUGUGGUGAGAGAACCGGAUGGUUCCAAGUAUGAAGCUGCAAAGAAGUGGAAUUUGCCAGCAGUCACUGUAGCUUGGCUUUUGCAGUCUGCGAGGACAGGAAAGAGAGCAGAUGAGAGCAAGUUCUUGGUUGAAAAUGCAGAGGCUGAAGAUAAGGAGAGUUCCAUUACUCAGCUUAGCAAGACACCAGCAACUGUUAAUUCUCCUGAUUCAGAACAACCUACUUACCUCCUUAAAGCUGGAAAAAAACCAGCUGUGACCCCUCUUGAUAUCAACAGGUUCCAGAGUAAAGCUUUCCAAGCUGUAAUCUCUCAUCAUAUUGGGAAGACAACCCCUCUUGCACAAGGGGGACUGCUGCAGAAAGAGCCAUCUUUACAUCUUGAUACACCAUCAAAAUUUCUUUCCAAAGACAAGUUAUUCAAGCCUUCUUUUGACGUAAAGGAUGCUCUGGCAGCUUUGGAAACUCCGAGAGGUCCUGAUCAAAAAACCAGGAAACCGAGCACACCUCUCUCUGAAGUCAUCUGCAGAAACUUGAAAUUGGCACUGGCAAACAGCACAAGGCAUACAGAAGCUCUUGCUGCCAGCCCUCAAUUGACCGCUGCACAGCCAGAAGUGGAAGAAGAGCCCAGGCCUCUCGCCGGUGUUAUUAUAUAUGUUAGUAAAAAACUUAGUAAGAAGCAAAGUGAACUGAAUGCAGUAGCAGCUUCUCUUGGGGCAGACUACAGAUGGUGCUUUGAUGAAACAGUAACACACUUCAUCUACAAGGGAGGACAAAAUGACAACAAUAAGGAGUACAAAUCUGUUAGAGAACGGGGUAUACAUAUUGUUUCAGAACAUUGGCUUUUAGAGAGUGCCCAAGAAUAUAAACGGCUUCCUGAAUCUCUCUUUCCUCACACUUACAAUCCCAAAAUGAGCCUGGAUAUCAGUGCAGUGCAAGAUGUCAGGCUCUCCUCCUCCAGUAAACUUCCAUCAACUGGAAAACCAGCAGAGGAGAAUGAGAUUAUUCCAGUGGAUGAAGAUGACGCUGAAGAUGAUUUAACUACUGACCAAAUAAAGGAAAUGGUCACUGCAGAGGAAGAACAAAUUGUAACAAGUGAAUCCAAAGGAGUUUUAACCCAAGCCCUAGAAAUGAGGGAGAACUUCCAAAGGCAGCUGCAGGAGAUCAUGUCUGCCACAUCGCUAGUGAAACCACAAGGGCAAAGAGGAUCCCUUUCAAGGAACAGUUUUGAUGGUUCUCCAGCCACUCCUGAUAGUACACGGUCUGUGCGAAACGGCCGCAGUAGGGCCUUGGAAGCUCUAAGGCAAUCCCGUCAGGCACUCCCAGAUAUAAACACGGAGCCAUCCCAGAGCGAGCAGAUCAUCUGGGACGAUCCUACAGCAAGGGAGGAGAGAGCAAGACUUGUCAGCAACUUUCAGUGGCCUAACAGUCCUUCCCAGUACACUGAGCAAGGUCAGAGUAACGCCAAUAAGAACAUGGAUGAAUCUGCCUUCAGAGGAUCUUUAGCUGAUGCAGAGAUUGCUGGUACGGCUGUUCCUGAGGCUGGGGAUGAAGACUUGGUUGAGGGUCUAAAGAAUCCUGUAUGUAGGGAUCCUGGAACACCGAUUAAAGAUCACUUGAUCCCCACUCCGCAGGCUCCCAGCAUUGCUUUCCCACUGGCUAACCCCCCCGUGGCACCACAGCCCAAAGAAAAGGCUGUUACAGAAGAUGAGAAGGCUGAUGAAGAACCAGAAAAACAACGUAAAUUUCAGCUGUCUUCUCUUAAUCCUCAAGAAAGAUUUGAUUACUGCCAUCUGAUUGAGGAAUUAGGUGGAAUAGUACUUGAGAAACAGUGCUUUGAUCCAAGUUGCACACACAUUGUUGUGGGACAUCCCCUUCGAAAUGAAAAAUUCUUGGCUUCGAUGGCAGCUGGAAAGUGGGUGCUUCAUCGUUCCUACCUGGAGGCAUGUAGAGGAGCUGGCUGCUUUGUUCAGGAAGAAGAUUACGAGUGGGGAAGUAAUUCCAUACUUAAUGUUUUGCCUGGAAUCAAUGUAAACCAGAAGAAACUAGCACUUGCAGCCAUGAGGUGGAGGAAAAGAAUUCAUAAAGGGAGGCAAGAAACGGGUAUUGUGGAG